AUGACUGAGAAUACUACGAAAGCGGACCACCUUUGUGUCCUAGUCCAUGGACUUUGGGGGAACCCAUCUCACCUGGAUUAUGUGGCCUCUGCCCUGAGAGAACGCCAUGAUGAGGAUAAUGUUCACAUACUCUGCGCCAAAAAUAACAGCGGAAACUGGACGUAUGAUGGAAUUGAGCUGGGCGGCGAGCGACUGAUGCACGAAAUUGAGGAGACACUGGAGACUUUGGACAAAAAAGGGCAGAAGAUAAAGAAGCUGAGUAUCAUUGGAUAUUCUCUUGGUGGGCUGGUGUCUCGAUAUGCGAUCGGCCUGUUGCAUGCGCAGGGAUGGUUCGAAAAGGUGGAGCCUGUCAACUUCACCACAUUUGCUACGCCUCAUGCUGGGGUCAGAACGCCACUCAAGGGGAUUCGAGGUCACAUCUGGAAUGGAUUGGGACCAAAGACCGUCUCCAUGUCUGGUCAACAACUAUUCAUGGUUGACUCUUUCCGAAACACCGGUCGGCCUCUUCUCAGCGUUCUAGCCGAUCCAGAAAGCAUCUUUAUCCAGGGGCUGAAGAAGUUCCGUCACCGCUCUGUUUACGCAAACGUUGUCAAUGAUCGCACCGUUGUGUUUUACACCUCGGCACUCGCCAAGACGAAUCCCUUCCACGACUUGGAUAACAUCAAUAUCAAUUACGUUAAAGAAUAUAACCAAGUGAUCGUCGACCCCGACAACUAUCUGCUACCGAGCACUCCGGAAGAACCGGAGACAACGCCGUCCCGUUGGUGGAAGCAGCUCAAGAAGGUGUUGUAUGGACUGCCAUUUUGGGUACUUAUUAUCCUGGCCGUGCCGCCUGCAAUGACCCUCUUCCUUGGAAAUGCCGCUGUUCAAACAUUUCGCAGUCGUCAGCGGAUACGCCUCCACUCAGAAGGCAAGAAUGGAAUGCGCUUUGGAAGAUACAAGGUGCCACUACUCGUGCAGGAUGUCCAGCAUGUGAUGGAGGGAGUUUUUGAGAAUGUCAAUGCUCGACAAGAGCCUUCCUAUCUCUCAAGCACCGAGGAGGAUGAGCUUUUUGAUUCAACAGUCGAGAAGGUUGGAACCAAAGUGAAACAUCUCGACAGUGAAGCGUCUAGUGCAGAUCUGACCAACCGCUUCAAUGCUCAUAAUGACGAGGAGGAACGUGUCGUCGGCCACCAUCAUAAGCUUGCAUUGACAGAUGAUCAAUUCGCCAUCCUUGACUCUCUCAAUGCGGUGGGAUUCCGGAAAUAUCCGGUCUACAUUCACAAUCAUCGACACAGCCACGCCGCGAUUAUCGUCAGAACGCGCAAAGACGGAUUUGACGAAGGCAAAAUUGUGAUAAAGCACUGGUUGGACAAUGAGUUUGAGGUGUGA